UGACACACCGGAGAGAAACCCAGCUGACUUCCUAUAAAUGAGGACAGGAGGGGUCUGAACUCUUCCAGGUUCUCAUGUUACUCUGAAGCAGGAAGAAAAAAGUAAACAGAAGCUCAGACUUACUUUUGUCUCCGAAGAACAAUGUCCUAAAACAAGUUUUUAUCAGAACUGAAGGUAUCUGUUGGAGCCUCUUCUCCAGAGUGGGGAUUACUGGCCCGAGUGUUGUCUUCACCUUGCAGGCUCUCAGCUGUACGCUAAGAGUAAGCAAGACUUUGACUCGCUGAUCCACACCACCAGGAUCUACAGCAGGGACAUCGGAAGGUCAUUCGGGCUGGAGAAAUGUGGCCGGAUGAUGACAAAGAGAGUGAAGGACAGUUCAGAGAGUCAGUGGGAACCGAUUGUUACGUAUUGUUUUCAGAAAUUAAGGACAUUACUUCAUGACUAAAGGAGAAGGAUUCUUCUCCUUCCCCCAAAAGCGAGGCUUCAGGCUGGGAAACACAGAGGAACAUUUUGAGGAACAUGGAGGAGAACAGAGCAACGUCUCCAGCACCCAGCUGUGUUUCUCUGCAGAGUGACAGGUCCAAAGAUCUUCCUAUAUUCUUCCGUAAUGAUCCUGGACCCCCAGAUCAAAGCGAGGCUUCAGGCUGGGAAACACAGAGGAACAUUUGGAGGAACAUGGAGGAGAACAGACCAGCGUUUCCAGCACCCAGCUGUGUUUCUCUGCAGAGUGACAGGUCCAAGGAUUUUCCUAUAUACUUCCGUAAUGAUCCUGGACCCCCAGAUCAACGCGAGAGUUCAGGCUGGGAAACACAGAGGAACAUUUGGAGGAACAUGGAGAACAGAGCAGCGUCUCCAGCACCCAGCUGUGUUUCUCUGCAGAGUGACCUGUCCAAAGAUUUUCCUAUAAACUUCCGUAAUUAUCCUGGACCCCCAGAUCAACGCGAGGCUUCAGGCUGGGAAACACAGAGGAACAUUUGGAGGAAGAUGGAGGGGAACAGAGCAACGUCUCCAGCACCCAGCUGUGUUUCUCUGCAGAGUGACCUGUCCAGAGAUUUUCCUAUACACUUCCGUAAUUAUCCUGGACCCCCAGAUCAACGUGAGGCUUCAGGCUGGGAAACACAGAGGAACAUUUGGAGGACGAUGGAGGAGAACAGACCAGCGCCUCCAGCACCCAGCUGUGUUUCUCUGAAGAGUGAUGAGUCCAAGGAUCUUCCUAUACACUUCCGUAAUAAUCCUGGACCCCCAGAUCAACG